AGAAAACUCCCACUUCACACUGAGUUCAGCUUACUGGACUUUGAAAUAUUCCCAGACUCUCCUGGGAUUUGUGUGUUUCAGACGGCAGACUGAUCGUUUGUCCCUUCAGAUCGAGUUGAAGGACAUUACAAUCAUCAUCAUGAGUAAGGAAGCCCGUCCAUCCUGGGACAGUCCCAUGCAGUUUGUCCUGGCGUGUGUGUCUUAUGCUGUGGGACUCGGGAACGUCUGGCGUUUUCCGUAUCUCUGCCAAAUGCAUGGAGGAGGUGGUUUUCUGAUCCCAUAUCUGCUGAUGCUGUUUCUGGAGGGGAUUCCUCUCUUCUGUAUGGAGCUGGCCAUCGGUCAGAAGAUGCGUCUGGGCAGCAUCGGCGCGUGGACGGCCAUCAGCCCGUAUCUGGGUGGACUGGGUAUUGCCAGUGUUGUGACCUCCAUGUACCUGUGUCUGUACUACAACGUCAUCAACGCCUGGAGCUUCUGGUAUCUCUUCCAUUCAUUUCAGUCGGUGCUGCCGUGGGCCGAGUGUCCCGUCAAUGCGAACCGCACUGGGUAUCUGGAGGAGUGUGAGGUGGCUUCAUCCACUCAGUACUUCUUCUACCGCGAGACGCUGAACAUCUCGUCGUCCAUCGAUGAGAACGGAGGCCUUCACAUGGGUCAGGCGCUCUGUCUGCUGCUGGCCUGGAUCAUCGUCUACCUCUUCAUCGUCAGAGGCGUCAAAUCCACCGGCAUGGUGGUUUAUUUCACAGCUACGUUUCCGUACGUGGUUCUGAUCAUCUAUCUGAUCCGCGGCGUCACUCUUCAUGGAGCCUGGAACGGAGUCAAGUACAUGUUCACACCUAAACUGGAGCAGCUGGCGAAUCCUCAGACGUGGAUCAACGCUGCCACUCAGAUCUUCUUCUCUCUGGGUCUGGGCUUCGGCUCUUUGAUCGCUUUCGCCAGUUACAACCAUCACAACAACAACUUCGAGAAGCAGGCGGUCGUCGUCUCGCUCAUCAACAGCUGCACGUCUGUGUUCGCCAGCAUCGUCACCUUCUCCAUCUACGGCUUCAAGGCCACCUUCAACUACGAGAGCUGUUUGGAAAGGAUAAGGCUGCUGCUGCUCAAUACGUUCAAUCUGUCGGAGGAGAGCAUCAGCGCUGAGAACAUCACGACAUGGAUCCAUCAUCUGAACAUCACUCAUCCAGAGAGGUUUGCAGCCAUCGCUUCAAAGAUCGAGCUCUGCAGUCUGGAGGCGGAGCUCGACACGGCGGUGGAGGGCACGGGUCUGGCGUUUAUCGUGUACAGCGAGGCCAUCAAGAACAUGCCGCUGUCUCAGCUCUGGUCUGUGCUGUACUUCGUCAUGCUGCUGCUCUUAGGGAUGGGGAGCAUGCUGGGAAACGUCACGGCCAUCAUCACGCCGCUGGCAGACAUCAAGCUCCUGUCGCGCUCCCUCAGCAGCGAGAGCAUCAACGGUCUGGUUUGUCUGCUCUGUUUGCUGCUGGGUUUUGGUUUCACCAGCCGCUCGGGAAACUACUGGUUCACCAUCUUCAACGAAUACGCGGCCACGCUGUCGCUGCUCUUCAUCGUCUUCAUUGAAGUCAUCAGUGUGUGUUACAUCUACGGACUGAGAAGGUUUGAGAAGGACAUCGAGGACAUGUUGGGUCAUCGGCCGAACUGGUAUUGGAAGGUGAUGUGGGCAGUGGUCAGUCCUCUGCUCCUCUUCAGUCUCUUCAUCUUCUACAUCAUAAACUACAUCCAGGGAGGCACGCCGACGUACCAGGCCUGGGACAAAGAUCUGGGUCGGUCGGUGGUGAAGGAGUAUCCGGUGUACGGUCAGGUUUUCAUCGCUCUGUUGCUGCUGUCAGCGCUCAGCUGUGUGCCGCUCGCCGCUCUUCACUCCGUCUUCAGGAGAAAGCCGCUCCGCCGACACCGUCACGUCUGACGCAAACACACACGCUUGGGACCUAUAUUAGUAUUAUUUGUUUGUGAAUUCGAUGCUCGUGUUCUGAACAUUUUCAGUUUAUGGCUGGUUGUACAAUACAUUAGUACAGAAAACAAGCUGUUAGGACUUUUUAGGUUUAUAUUUCCUUCAGAAAACAUGACUGAUGAAACAGGAUCAGAUUCAUUAUUAAGGGCUUUUUUCUGUAACACUUUACUUGAAGCCUUUAUGUAUAAUGCAUUAUAAUCCAAUUUCAUAAUGUACAUUUUAAUGCAUUAUAUCUUUUCAUAAAUAAUUGCAACCAAAGUUAAAAUGCAUUAUAAUAGUUGAAGGUUUGUUUGUCGUAUGUUUUAAUGCAUUUCACUUCUUAAAGAUGUAUGAAUGAAUAGGUAAGUAUUAUGUGGUUUCAAUUAUUCAUGAAAUUAUGCAUUAAUGAUGCAUGCAUAUAUUUUUUUUAAUGUUUAGCAAUUUUUUUGUUCAAGUUCUCCAUUUAUAUUGGAUAUUUUUUGCAACCUUUCAUGUAACAUUUACUUUGAAAAGGUAUAAUUAAGGCAUUCAACUAAUUUUUAAUUAAAUUUUUUUUACUUAUGCACUAUAUACUGUAUAAAGGCUUUAAGAAAAGUGUUACCCUUUUUUCUUACUACAACAAUAAAACUAUGCACAAUAUAUAAACAGCAGAUAAAGAUCCAAACAGACUUAAUAUCUGGAUUUAGUCACAUUUAGUGCAACCGAUUGAGAAUGUAAACUGUGUAAAUAAUACGUUUUUACUGCGGUUCAUGUGUUAUUUUAAAAGAAAAUAAAUUUUGUAUAUUUGUCAAAUCACAAUGUUUAAUAUGUCUGUGAAAUGAACAAUGACUGUGAUGUUUGACGGGUAGAAAUAUCAUCAGACUCAAUUUUUUAAAUGUAGAACUUGUGUAUUUGGAGUAAUCAUAUAUAUAUAUAUAUAUACAUAUAUAUAGUGAAUUUUGGAUCGUAAUCUUCAAGCACUGUAUUUUAUGCCAAAACAAAAGUCUGAAUUGUCUGAAAAAACUGAAUUGAAGUCCUGAACUCUUUUCUUUUAGUACUUUGUCUUGUUUGACAGCGCUUGAAACGUCAUCCUGUAUUUAGUUAUACAUUAAUACAUAAUGCAUAAUAGUAUAUUAUUUUAUAUGUUUUCUUAUAUUUUUUUUUAAUGUUUAGCAUAGUUUUUGCAACCUUUCAUGUAAUAUUUACUCUGAAAAGCUUAAUGAAAGCGUUAUUGCAUGCUGAUUUUUUUAUUUAGUUUUUUUUGUCCUUUUUUCAGACAGAGACAUGCUCACAAUGAAUAUCACUAUAAAAAUCGCAAAAGCAGCAUAAACAUUAAUAAAUCAGUGUUUGGAACAACGUGUGUAAAUGAUUUUAUG